CAACACUAAAAAUAGAUGGUCAUAGUUCCAGAAACAUCGUUCAUGAUAAUGUGUGGGAGUACCACCGAGAUGGUACAUGUAUAAUUACAAGGUUACAGGAUAAUUCCAACCGCUAAAGCUGUAAACAACAGUAACCUGAAUCCUACCUCGGCUCCAACUCCCCGGGAUCGGGCUGUCGUGACACAAAGGUGAGCGGCAGUUUUCACACAUCUGGUUCAUAGCUGUUUGAAUGGCAUUCUGGAAGUUGGUAUGAGUCAAGUAUCACAGAUAACUCUUGUGUCUGGGGAGCUGGCACGAAACACAGCUGAUGUCAUCGUGAGUAGUACCGGCAACGACGGCAAUCUGUCGAACGGUUCCGUAUCCUACUCGCUGCUGGAGGCGGGAGGACAAGCCAUUCAAGAGGAGGUAACUCGGUGCUGUUCAGAUGGAAAGCUGCAGACUGGGUCCUUAGUGACCACACGUGGUGGGAACCUGAGGUGUAAGAACAUAUUCCACGUCGUGUUGUCACAAUGGACAUGUCUCAACGACGAGUCUGAGGAGCUACUGCUGUCCUUGGUGUCCCUGUGUCUGGAGAAUGCAGCCAAGAGGAACUUCACCUCCAUUGCCUUUCCUGCCCUGGGAACAGGGUUCAACCGAUUCCCGGGCGAGAGAACUGCAGAAAUAAUAUUCACCUCUAUAGAAACAUAUCUGCAGAAUAACCCCACCUCCUGCUUGAAGACUGUGAACAUUGUCAUUCACCCGAGAGAUGCUGUUCUUCAAAAGGAUUUCGAAGCGAGGCGAGAUGGGAGGUCAGCAGCACACGCCAACUUCAUCAGCAAGGAAGUGAACUUGAUGAAGACAUUCACCCAGCAGGCAGGGAGCAGCGAACCCUGUGCGGUGAAAGUGGUCAUUGGCAACCUCGCGAAGCUCCAGGCUGAUGUUCUUGUGAAUACGACCCAGACUGACCUCAUCCUGUCUAUCGGGGCUGUGUCCUUCUCGCUGCUGGAGGAAGGAGGGAUGGCGAUACAACAGGAGUGCACCGAGAAGAAGCCUACAGGUUUGAAUAUUGGCGGAAUGGUGGAAUCCACAGGAGGAAAGCUACAGUGUAAGAAAAUAUUCCAUGUCGUGCUGCCGGUGUGGAACAAUGGGCUGAAUGAUUCCGAAAAAGUGUUACAGUCUGUCGUCCUCCACUGCCUUGAAGAGGCAUCCAGGCAGAACUUUGUGUCAAUCGGCUUCCCUGUCCUUGGCACUGGCUACGUUGAGUAUCCAGCAGAGAAGUCCGCAAAGCUGAUGCUGACGGCCCUGGUGAGCUUCCUGAACGCCAACCCGGACUCCACGCUCCAGACGGUCUUCAUCGUUGUCCAUCCCAAAGAUGCCACUCUCAGAAAGGUAUUGGAAUCACAGGUGUCACACGGGAUGGAAAUAAUGAAAGCUGUCUCGUCUGUUGUCAUAGCAGAUGGCUCCCAGGUGGAGCUUGGCCCCCACACCCACGUGGUGUCAGGGCAGCUCGUGCAGGAGAAGGAUUUGUUCCACGAGUCGUUUCACGUCGCCGGAGAGAGGGAAGCUCUGCUGGGAACACAAGUGAUGUACCGGAAGUUCACCUCCGACAAUGUCAAGGCCAUGACCCCUGAAGACUAUCACUACAGAACGGUUGAGGCCCAGUUCUACAAGCGCAUGCUGUACGACCCGGAAAACAAAUAUGAGGUGACAGCUGUUGAAUACGUGGUAAACCCGUCACUGUGUACACAUUUCAGGAAGGCCCAGGAGAGGAUGCGAGAGACCAAGGCAGGGUACGAGGUCCCAGUGCUGGCGUUCCAUGGCACGAAGGAUACCAACAUCAGAAGCAUCUGCGAAGAGGGAUUCCGCCAACCAGAUCACCCUGAAUUUGAGGAAAACACUGAUGUAGGCUGGUACGGGAACGGCAUCUACUUCAGCGAGUUCCCCUCCUACUCCUCCCAGUACGUGGAGGGUGAGCAGAUGCUGCUGCUGUGUAAAGUCCUCCAGGGCAGGAUAUUCAAGUGUUCGGCUCAGAAGCUUGGAGCUGGCAAAGAACCUGGGUAUGACUCCCAUGUAGACCCGCAUGGUCUGGAGAUCGUCAUCUACGACCAAGACUGCAUCCUCCCCUGCUACAUCGUCCACUACAUUCAGAUUGCCAGUAACCCUGUCGAGCUAUCAGACUAGGCAACAUCAGUUUCCAGGACUAGAACGGCUACUAAAGCUGACGAGGACAUCAAGAUGUGUCCAAGAUGGUUGAUACUGACCAAAUAUGAGACCGUAUACCGUCAGUAACAGCCAUCUUGGAUUUUACAACACCCACCUCACAUAUUUCACAUGGAAAUUAUGGUACCGAAAUUCGUUAUUUGACACUUUUUUGUGUAUUACUAUCAUGAAUUGUGAUGUGCAAGGACAAUCUGUUUUUUAGAUCACGUUCGUGACUUUAUUGACAAAAAUUAUAGUUAACAAGGUUUGGCCUCUAAGGUUUGAAGAGUGGUCUCCCUUUGACCCUUAACGGCAACGUACGGUUGUAAGUGUCAAGUUUUCAUUUUGACAUGACACGUGCGAUAUGGAUACCAGAGAAUGUAAACUUUUCGGCAUAAUAAAUUCGUUAUUUAUAAAGUGACGCCUUGCCCCAAAUUAUUCUGCUAACCUUAUAUGACACCGUAUACGGCAACUUAAGAUACCAUAACUAAUAACCUUUUUGGGGAUAUAAAGCACGUAUAGCAACUGUGUAUAUACUUUGCCAUGCAACAUUGAUUGAAUACUCUCGUCAAACUCUCGCAUUCUGCGAGAAUAAAGAAGUGUGAAAUUCAAAUAACCAGAAUUCAAAAUAUCUAAACAACGUGACAUAUAAUAUUAUGUUGAGCCCUAUUACCAAUUAUACAUAAACCAAAGUUUAUCACAUUAACAAUAAAUUGCAAGUGAUUCUAUGCCAUUUAAUUAGCAAUCUAAGCAUUUCUCUAGUGCUGUCUCAAGGGAGAAUGUUGACGAUUGACGAACAAAUAGGUCAUAGAAACAGAUACAACAAGAACAUUUAGAAAAAGAAUGCACACGUUCUAUGAGACGUGGUUGUAUAAUCACGGCUAAUUUGCUGUUGACACUUGCGCAACCUUGCGCCAGUGCACUACAAGUAGAGAUUGCUGCAGAGCAUCAAUAGCUCCCCGCGAUAUAAUGUUAUGUGCAGAGGAAGGAAGUGUAAGCUAUUGGGGGAGAGAAUUGGUGUUAAGUACAAAUUGGUUGUUAUUAAUGUACUUAUCUUUGGAAAGCACAAUAAAAGAAACAGUGUGCCUGUUACUCUAACAAUA